UCUAAUGCUAACUAGUCUCUUUUUUCCUUUGUAUCCUCUAGAAAUUCAGGACUCAAGCUUCAAAGCAGACUCAAACUGCAAGGCUAGAAAGGAACGGACUGCCUUUACCAAGGAGCAACUCCGGGAGCUGGAAGCCGAGUUCACCCACCAUAACUACUUGACCCGCCUGCGCCGCUACGAGAUCGCUGUCAACCUUGACCUCACUGAGAGACAGGUGAAAGUGUGGUUUCAAAACAGACGGAUGAAGUGGAAGAGAGUGAAAGGAGGACAGCCUGCAUCUCCUCACGACCUUGAAGCAGAUGAGAUGGACUCCGCCGCGUCGCCCAGCUCCGAGUAAAACUCUGAUCUAGACAUUUGCUCAUAUUUACAGUCACCCAAAUCACCCCGGCCAUAUACACGAUGUCCAAUUUUUCACUAGUCCUUCCACGUGUCCCGUUACACUGCUUCAUGUUGCUCUUUUCGCUCAGAUGACUAAUUAUCAACAGAGCUUCAACGGCUUGGAAGUACCAUCCACUUUCAGUCCACGUUUCACUUUCAUUCGUAAACAGAUCGAGUGAAAUCAGAGGCCUAUAAAAACCCAAUUACUCACAUGUAAAAACAAAUUAUAUCAACUGUUCAUGCCCUGGUUUAAUAGCUUUGACCUCCAGCCAUGACGGCAUGAGGUAGGUCUUUCACACUGUGGUGAUGGUACCUGAAGCCUGAUCAGAAACACAUGUGAAGCUCCGCAGAAUGACUAGACGGUCUCUGGAUCACGUCAACCCACAAAAGCAUUGA